AUGGUUCCCUUGGCAACGCCUACGCGGUUUUUGAUUGAGAAUGGUGAAUGGAAUCUUACUCCAGGACUCAGUAUUCAGCCUGAAAUGAAUCCUUUUGACUGCAGUUUGAACGAUUUAAAGCAUAGCGAUAAUCACGUUGUGACAGAAAAAUGGUCCUCAACGCAAAGUAAUUCAACAGCCAGUCCCAUUUUUUCGAGAAUUCAAACAAGACCUCAACCUGUUUACAAUAACAGUCAACAACAACAACAACAACAACAAGACAUCGACAAGAAAGAGGAAUAUCCUUCACAACAAAGAAAACCUUCCACCAGUGGACGCAAACGAAGAAUUGUAUUUGAAGGUGAAGACGCCGAAGAUCGUCGAAAGAAGUUUUUGGAACGCAACCGUAUAGCUGCUUACAAAUGCCGUCAAAAGAAGAAGAAUUGGAUGCAAGAACUAGAACAAAAGGCAGAAAUUCAAAAUAUGCAAAAUGAAACACUUCGCACUCUUGUCGGUCAAUUGAAAGAAGAAAGCAUGUAUCUGAAGAAUCUGCUGCUAACACACGGCAAUUGUGAUUGUGAAUCAGUACAAGCUUACCUACGAAAGACCUCCAUGGAAAUCACAAAUAGUACUUCUCCUUUAUUGAACAGUACGAACCACAACCCAUAUGCUCUCAGACGUGAAUCCAUGUAUUCAACAGCUUCAUACCCCACCAACAUCAGCUCCAAUACCAGUUAUCCUGCUUCUGGAUUAACACCUUUUCUCAAUACAGUGAUAAAUAAGCCUCCAAUGACUGAAGCUGAUUAUUUCUCGCAUUCACAUCAUCAUCACGGGAAAACAAACGACAUUGAAGCCUAA